UUUCUUUUUCCUCUCGUUGUUUUUCACUUUUCUCUCUUUGGCGCCACUGAAUCUUCUCUCUCCCGCUCUCGCUCAUUCUCACUCUUCGCGGUCGAUCAUCUUUGGUAUUUCUUUAGAUACUUUGGCGGAUCAGAGCUUCCGAUCUGACCGACAAUCGGAAAUAGAUUUGGAUCAACUCAACCUUGGGCCUCAAGCACAUAUAGAGCCUCUAUUUUUGUUUGCCAUGGAAGGAGCUCAAAGCUGUCACAAUGCUAAUGUAAAGAGAGUGCCAUCGUCUCCAGAAGAAGAUGGAACUCUCAAGAACUGUCUCGAGACUUUUGGCACUGGUCAAAAUCAGAUGUUUUCGCUAAGAAAAGCUGGAAUUUCUAAAGGAUCUAGUCCUCAACCCUUCUAUCGAUGCCUCAUUCUACUACUGCUCCUAGUGAACCUUGCUCCUCUUUCCAAUGGAGAUGUUGGCACAGCGGCCCAAUACGAAGCUCCAUUCUCACCCACUGCAUGUUAUGGAACCAAUGAGGCGCAAUUCCUGUCGAGUGAAGAGUUCGGGUCAGCUGGCAAGGCGAUAUGGGACAACGGUGAGGCCUGCGGGAGACUAUAUGAAGUGCAGUGCAUAAGUGGCCCUGAUCCCACAACUUGCAUUCCAGGCCAGAUAAUUCAAGUAAGGAUUGUCGAUCAUGCACUUACUUCGGUCUCGAGGCCUUCCUGGGAUGACGCUACCAUGGUUCUUUCUACGACUGCAUUUGGGAAGAUCUCCAACGCGUCUGCUACAUUUAUUAACAUACAAUACAUCCCGGCUUGAGGAGGACAUACCAUUAUAUUGAUUUAUCAAGUGGGGAAGGGGACCUGAUUGUUUGUCAUGUCAUUGUGGUUGAUUGGUGUAUUAUAUGUAAAAAGAUGGAGAGACUGUGAAUUAACUUCUUCUUCUUCAUUCUGAGGUUGUGUGUACCAUUGUCUUAGGUUAUACCUAGAUGAGUAGUCGAUUUGUUUGCUUGUUUGUUGAGUAUCAGCAAUAUCAACAACACUCAAAGCGUUGUAGUAUGGAAGAUGGUGUCAUUGUACCUUUUGUGGUGUCUAUAUAGGAAAAUGCAUGAUAAUUGUUUUGAAGACCACAACAAGACUUGGGAGGAGAAAUCUCUUUUCUUCAACACAUAUUUUUGGACAACCGCUUAUGUGCAAAAGGAAUGGAGAGUCCAUGAAUCAUCUAUGUUUUUGUUCUUUUUGCCCAU